CAUGACGUCGCACUUGACCUAAUUUAAAUGUAUGAAGAUAACGAUUGAAAUCAUGGCAAGUUACGUGGGGAUCGGUUGUAUGUCUGGGUCCUCUCUGGACGGACUAGACAUCUGUUGUGUGGAGUUUACGGGGGACCGAGAAACUGACGUCUGGGGGUACCGCAUCGUGAAAGCGGACACUCUGCCGUACGACCGGGAAUGGACUUCACGACUAGCCGGUGCGCGAAAUCUGAGUGGCGAGGCGUUGAUACGACUUCAUGUUGAAUACGGACACUUACUCGGGAAAUCAAUCAAGAAAUACAUUGAUGAUCAUUCUCUUAAUGUAGAGUUCGUUUCCUCUCAUGGACAUACGAUUUUUCACAAUCCAGCACAAAGUUACACUUUUCAGCUAGGGGACGGUGAAACAGUGUCUCGGUAUUUAGAUUGUCCGUUUGUCUGUAACUUCAGGAACAAGGACGUAGCGUUUGGUGGUCAGGGGGCGCCUUUUGUUCCGUGUGGAGAGAAGUAUCUUUUCCAGGCCUACGAUAUCUGUAUAAAUCUUGGUGGAAUCGCAAAUAUUGGUGUACAUGGCAGUAAAGGUUAUGACAUUUCACCCUGUAACUAUGUAAUGAACAAAUUAGCAAGUGAUCAUGAUCCUUCCUUGACCUUUGACCCAGAUGGAAGGAUUGCAAGUCAAGGUCAAAUUUUAAAUAAUGUGUUGGAGAAAUUAGAUUCACUGCCGUUUUAUCUGCAACCUCCUCCAAAGUCACUUGGUGCGGAGUGGAUAGAAGAAAACGUUCUUCCUAUUUUAGAUACGACGACCUACAAAAUUCCUGACCUUAUGCGAACAUUUGUCGAACACGUGGCUUGUAAACUGGCGGAGGCAUGUCAAUCAGCGAAGUUAAUGGCGGGCAAACAACCUUCUGCCAAAACGAUGACCGUCUUACUGACAGGGGGAGGGGCCUUCAACAAAACGCUGGUGAAGAUAUUCAGAGGAAAGCUAGAAAAACUUAAAAUGCUGCUGAAUUCUUCUGAUAAAGACACAAUCUGUUUUAAAGAAGCGUUAGUGUUUGCCUUUUUAGGAUUGAGGUGUAUAUUCGGUGAACCUAACGUGUUUAAGGAGGUGACGGGUGGGGCAUCGGACUCUGUGUCGGGCAGUAUACACCUACCCGUAUCCACGGCUAACGAUUAUUGCCUGACGUACUUCCAAAAGAAAAAGACAAUAAUAUAAUAAUAUUAGUUCGACAUCAAUGUAUAACCAUUUCCUUAACGUCUGGUACUACCUUCUAAAAGCAGAAUUUGGUGAACAGUGGACGUCAUAUAUAUAAAAAAAAUUCUUGAAAUGGUAAUAAAAAAUACAUGUACUUUUAAAUUAUCACUUCGAAAAAAAUGUCAUUAAAGAAGAGUACCUUGCACCAAAACAUCGAUAAUGUUUCAAACAAGAACACGUCUGCAAUUGAAGGACUACCUUAUUACGUAAUCAUGAACGUGACAUUUACAUCCGUCCUGUAUUCCGGAAAUUAUUUUUUAAAUAUUCACUUGUAUAAUUCUGUGAUUCUCAAUCGUAGUAAUAUUAAUAAUAUUUCAAUUUCUAUUAAAAGUUUAUAAAGAUUU